CUACCGCUAGGUCGCCUUCCCGUCCCCGACUUGUUUGCUCCCUGGCUUCCCUUCCCUAGACUACCCGUUCUCUGCGUAUGUGGGUUUUAGGAAGGAGAGCUGCUGGCUGAAGAUUGUCCCUUCCUGCCUGUCUCUUUGCUACGUUGCGUGGCUGCGCGCCCCGAGCGACAUUGGCGAGUGUGAGUGCGUGGAGUUUGCUCAGGCCCCGGGAUUUUUGUGUGUCCUGAAGCAACGCCCUCCCCUGGUUGCGCCGCCGCCACCACCGUCUAGCUUGCUGCGUCCCUUUUGCCUUCAUGCCCUGCAGCCUCUGAAAAAGGCAUCUGCAGAAUGUUAUGCUGAACUAGAUACAGACCUCUUCGGUCCGAUCCAGCAGAUCGCUUAUGCUCAUGUGAGUGGGAGAGCCCGGGACAAUGCGAAUUUCGGAAGGGUUGGUGGCGGUUUGCUGGUUAGUUGAUCGAGGAUACUGCUGGAUCUGAGGAGCAUUGCAUAAAUGGCUGAGAGAGAUUCCUGCCUGCAACCUUGGAGAAGCCGCUGCCAAUCUAUGAAGACAAUACUGAGCUAGAUAGACCAAUGGUCUGACUCAGUAUAUGGCAGCUUCCUAUGUAUGUAUUUAUUAAUAUCUGCUUUUCGUACCCCACAGGCACAUAUGCAGGGUUUCAACAGGUUUAAAACAAACUAUGGACAUGAUCUUCUCUUGUUAGCAAAUCACCGAACCGAGGGGGGAUGCUACUGCCUCUCACCCCGACAAAGACUUGCGCUUCUAAUGCGGGUGGGCGGGGGGACGACUCAGCUCUUCCCUGCAUGGGGAAGAGGCUCUCAGCGGUAAGCUGCACCUGUUGGGUUUCAGCCGUCUUGCUCAGGAAAGGGACGGGACGGGAGAGUGGCUUCGUGUGAGAGGAGCAGGAGCAGGAGCGUCCCCCGCUCCCCCGAGAUCCCCUUCCAUCCUCGCCCUGGAGGCGGCGAUAAACAGCCCGGCCACGCCGGCCAUCUCUUCCCUCCUCCCGCUUCCUCUCUCCCUCCGCCUGGCGCCCCCGACUCAGCCAUGAGCAUUUGCGCGGGCUACUUCGCCCUCAACCGCUCCUACGUGGACACUUUCCUCUGCCCCAGGCUGGGCGACGGCGACGACCUGCGGUACUGCUGCGGCUUCUCCGACUUGAGGUACUGCUGCAGGGAGCCGGGCAGCUACUUCCCUUACAAGCACAGUUACAUGUGGGGCCUCAGCAUAGGAGCAUUGAUUGGACUGGGGAUUGCUUCACUGGUUUUACUUGCCUUCAUCAUUAGUGUCCAUGUGCUUUGCUACUUAUUUCUUUAUACAAAAUCACCGAGAUUAGAAACUGGGCUAAAACCGCAACAUCUGGAGAUCCCUUCUGCUCAAGAAGGCAGCUCCAGCAGAAAAGCUAGCAGCUCAAAAGUAGCUUGGAAUACAGCCAAACAAAAAUAUAUCCAACCUGAAGAAUUAUUUCAAGAAAAGCUUCAGGGAACCAAAAAACCCAAUAUUGCUAAAGUCUAACAUCGUGAUGACCAUGCAAUGGAGCAUAAUCUUGAAUAGUGACAAUUACAGUAUGAUUGAGGUCAUUCACUCAAUCAAAAACUUGUGUUCUUCCUGGGUUUGGGAGCUGCGUGUACUCCCAAUUUCUGGUUGUGUGGAAGCAAGGUAGGAGGAAAAGCUACCCAGGUUUUUCCUACUACCUUGCUUCCACACAAUCACAUCUAUCCAGGUUUUCCUUUUACCUUGCUUCCACACAGCCGAAAACUACAAGCACAAACAGCUCCCAAACCCGGACAGAACACAAUUUUUGAUUGUGUGAAUGACCUCUAAGUAUUUUCCAGAGAGGGAAGUGCAUUAGUCUGUUGUAACAAAAAAGAGACCUCUGGUAGAUUAAAAGCAAGCAGCUUUUGUGGCUUAUGCUUUCUUGGGCUAGUGUCUGCACAAGCUAUCACAAGCCCUUUGUUAAAGAAUGUAUUUUACUGUGUUUGUUUAAAAACAACAUGUUCUUGAUAGCUGGCUUAUUUUAUGGCGGAUUGUCAGAAGACAUACAAUGUUGUCUCAUUAAAUCAAGCUGCUGAAUAUCUGGGGAUACAUGCUACCUUCAUCUUUUUAUGUUGUACAAUUAAACUGCUGGAUGUUUGAAUCUAAAAGUUUUAAUAGGGCUGCAAGCUUUAUGUAUAGAUUAGUCAACUAAAACAUUUAUUAAUUAACUAGGCAAAUUCUAAUUAGCAUGCUGAAUCCGAGCAGCUUUUUAAAAGUCAUUUUGGCUAUUUUUAUUUUGGUGUGUUGUGAUUUGAUGCAUUUUAUGUGUUUUUAUUGGAUAUUUUAAUGCUGUGCUGUGAGCCACCCAAAGGACAAUUUCUUAUGGGACGGAUGUUAUGGAUGACCUUUACCAGAGAAUUGACAGAGAGAGUAUGGCUCUGUUGGUUCUUUUGGAUCUCUUGGCCGCGUUCGAUACCAUCAACCAUGGUAGCCUUCUGGAUUGCCUGGGGGAGUUGGGGAUAGGAGGUAGCUCUUUGCAGUGGUUCUGCUCCUAUCUCUCAGGCAGAUUCCAGAUGGUGGAGCUUGGUGACAGUUCCUCUUCAGAACGGGAGCUGUUCUAUGGAGUCCCUCAGGGCUCCAUUCUGUCACCAAUGCUUUUUAACAUUUACAUGAAACCACUGGGUGAGGUCAUCAGGAGAUUUGGUGCAGGUCAUCAGUAUGCUGAUGACAACCUAAUCUAUUUCUCCUUAUCAUCAAUCAUCAUCAUCAUUCAUCAUUCAUCAUCAUCAUCAUUCAUCAUCAUCAUCAUCAGGAAAUGGCAUUCACUCCCUAAAUGCCUACCUAUGGGCAGUAAUGGGCUGGAUGAGGGAUAACAAAUUGAAGCUGAAUCCAAGCAAGACUGAGGUGUUCAUUGUGGGGGAUUGGAAUUUGAGGGAUGAAUUAGAUCUUCCUGUGCUGGAUGGGGUUACACUCCCCCAGAAAGAACAGGUAUUCAGCUUGGGAGUGCUCUUGGAUCCAGGCUUCACCCUGGUAUCUCAGGUGGAGGCUAUGGCCAGGAGCGCCUUCUAUCAACCUUGGCUGAUUCAACAGCCAUUCCUUGAAGAGAACGAUCUCAAAACAGUGGUAACUUCCAGGCUUGACUAUUGCAAUGUGCUCUACGUGGGGCUGCUUUUGUACGUAGUUCAGAAACUUAAGUUAGUUCAAAAUGUGGCAGCCAGACUGGUCUCUGGGUUAACCCGGAGAGACCAUAUUAUGCCUGUUUUAAAACAGUUGCAUUGGCUGCUGAUAUGUUUCUGGGCAAAAUACAAAGUGCUGGUUAUUACCUUUUAAAGCUCUGAAUGGUUUGGGUCUUAGAGAGCACCUUCUUAUAUAUGAUCCCCAUCACACAUUGAAGUCAUCUGGAGAAGUACAUCUGGUGGUGACUUGGAACCAGGCCUUCUCUGUAGCUCCUCCUGACCUAUGGAAUGCACUCCUGGCAGAUAUCCGCAAUUUAGGCUCACUGUUGGCCUUUAAGAGAGCCCUAAAGAUUUACUUGUUUGGCCUGGCCUUCCAAGCUUUCUAAAUUGAUUUUUAAAGUAUUUUAAUUAAUUUUAAAUGGUUUUGAAUUGAUUUUAUAUUGUUUUUAGCAUUGUGUCUUAAAUGGUGUGUGUUUUUAUGCCUUUUCAAAUUUGUUGUACACUGCCUAGAGCCUUUGGAUGGGAUGGUUUAUAAAUUUAAUAAAUAAAUAAUAAAUGAAUAAAUUGUAAAUAUCUUCCACUCUCACAAAUCCCCAGUGGGGACCUCCAUUUCAAUGUUCAUCUUUGUCAAGUGGAAAACAGUCUUAGAAGAGUGACAUCACUGGUCUGAAUGUUCCAAAUUCCAAUAAUGUGUACAGAUACCUCUGUUACAUCUAGAAAAUUCACUAGGAGAACCAAGCUACUAUUAGCGUUCUAACAAGGUACAAAGUUUGUUGUUUUGCUGACUUGUUUAUAAUAGACUAUAUCACUCUCCACACAAUGGACUUUACCAUUUCUUCAAUACGAUAUAUUUUGUUCCGUCUAUGUGAUUUACCUUUGUUAUCUUUGUUUUAUCUUAGGUUGAGAAUAUCUUUGAUUAUAAAAUUAUACUGGACCUAAUUGUUGCAUGCUCUUUUCUAUAUGAUUUGUGCAUACGAUGGUGGGGAUCAUAUUGAUUGUUUACUUGAUUUGGGGUAAUAUGCAUAUUUAAAUCUCAGAACAGCUCUUUUGUUUUUUAAUGGAAAAGUCAUUUUAGGACUACAGUAAUCAAAUGGUAUUCUCCAAAAUGACCAGCAGUGGUUUUCCACAUAGACAGUGGAAAUAUUCCAAACCUGCUUGAGAGCUAUGGUUUCCGGCUUUUCUUUGGCAUGUAAGGGAGCACCAUGCUGGUAAAGUGCCUUUGUACAGAGCAAGUUACUAGCUCAACAGACCGUAAAUGAUGCUUACAUUUGCACUGAAUAAAAAUGAGCCCUGCUGGGAACUUACUCAGAAAUAUGAUUUGGCACCUAGUUGCUAUCUGCACUUACACAUCAGUGUAAAGAGCCAGCACUAGGAUCCCUUUCACCAUUUUGACAACUGCAUUGUUUAUGUGUUGCUCAUUGGGCAAACAAUGAGAUGUUACAUUUUGUGUGUUUAUGAGCAUGAUUCAGCCCUAGUUAGGCACUUUGCAGUCCCGUGGAUUUAAGCAGUUUCAAUCUAUGAGACUUAGUAUUGCUUGGCUGACUAUUGUUGGUUUGUUUAAGUCAGGGCUGCAUAACUUCAGCCCUCCAGCUGUUGUUGGACUACAGUUCCCAUCAUCCCAAGCCACAGUGACCAGUAGCCAGAGAUGAUGGGAGUUGUAGUCCAACAUCUGCAGGAGGGCUAAAAUUAUGCAGCCCUGGAUUACAUUGUUUCUUACUUGAACCCCUUCAUUAACCUUGAAAUGUCUGCAAUCUCCUUGCAACAGUAGCCUUGUUCAAGCAUUAUACUUGUGGACACUGUACAUGAAUACAACAUCCAUGAGAGAGUGCCUGUAAGCUCGACACUAAUGUGCUCUUUAAACCUCCGCCUGCUGUCUGCAAUUUAAGACAAAUGCUGUACUUGUAGAAAAAUACUUCCUGGGACCACAGUGCUAGGACUCUCCAACAUUCUAAUCCUGUGAAGGAUCUCUCUCCACCAGUGCAGCAUUUGUUUCUUCAGACAAAUGCUGACACUGAGAGGUGGGGUUAUACAGAGCAACAUGGUAGGGUUAGGAUUUGCUGGCGCAGUCUCUCAAAUGCUGUAACCAUGUACAGCACCCCUACUUUCAUAAGGCCUGAAGAGGGCCUCUGUAUUCCAUCAGGGGCUUGUGUUAGGAAGUUGACAGAGAAAAAGCAUCACGUUAUUUGCUUCGGCUUCCAGACCUUAAGUCCAGUUUGGUAGCCAUUUUAAAGGUCUCUACACAUUUCUUAUAAACUGAACAGCCGUCUUCUGUGUUCCACUUCUUACAAAUCUGUUCAUUUAAUAUUGUACUGUCUUUUCGUGACUUGAUGUUGAGUGGCUGUGCCCUGGGAUGGAACAGAAUCCUGCUUUUUGAAUAUACAAAAUUGUAUUUUGGGCAAAAGACAAGGUGCUGGUUAGUACCUAUAAAGCCCUACACAGCUUAGGCCCUGGGUAUUUAAGAGAAUGUCUUCUUUGCCAUGAGCCCCACUGCCUGUUAAGAUCAUCUGGAGAGGUUCAUCUGCGGUUGCCACCAACUCAUCUGGCGGCUGUUCGGGAACGGGCCUUCUCCGUUGCUUCCCCUGGACAUUGGAAUGUGUUCCCUGUUGAAAUAAAAGCCUCCCCAUCUCUGGCAACUUUUAAAAAGACACUGAAGACAUAUUUGUUCACCCGGGCUUUUAAUUAGAUUUAUAGUUUUAAUAUUUUUAAUAUUUGGUUUUAAAUGUUUUUAAUGUUAUUCAUGAUUUUGAUUGUUAAGUGAUUUAAUGUUUUAAAUAAUUUUAAUUGUGACCGCCCAGAGAUGCAAGUUUUGGGUGGUAUAGAAAUAAUUUAAAUAAAAUAAUAACUAGAAAAAGGAAUGCAUCUUGUCUUUUAAUGUAUUGAACAGAACCUGGCUGUAUUGGAUUCUCAUUACGUUUAGUGUUCCUAAUAUACCUAUUACAGUGUUGUAUAUUCAUUGUAUUGAACACUUUUAGUUUACAGUAUACCACCAUUAAUGUUUAAUGCAAUCCUAAUAAAAGCACAGAUGCC